AGAAGAAGAAGAAGAAGACGAUGACGAAGAGAAGGUGGAGGGUGAGGGAGACUACGCUGCUAUAUGUAGUCCCGAAUCUUAGCCGGAGCAACUAUUACGUCCGAAAUCUUCGAGGCGGACGCACCCCUGUAUUUAGCAACAGGUACAGGGUACACGACAGGCUACCGAAAACCGCGCGACACCGUCGAGGGUUCAACAUUUGUUCACGAUAUGAAUUAAUGAUUAUUUGAACCUAAAAAGUAAAUCCUUAACAAUUAGUGAUCGUGUGUGACAGUGAAGUUAGAUCAGACAGAUCUAAGGUAUGGUUUGUGUGAUUGGAACAAUCAAAUAGAGAGAAGAAGACGAAUUGCAAUAAGGAAGAAAAUGCCGAGGGCGUUUCUAAUCACUCACCGACGAUACAACGGAGUCGAAGAAGAGUUCAAUGGAUCCGGAAGAGAUUUUAGUCCUGAAAGAGGCGUAAGAUUGGCCGAUUACAGCGGAAACCAUCCAACUUCUGAUGGUGCAAGUGAAUGCGGUAGCGAGACAUCAUCAGAGUGUCCCGAGGAAUUAUACAAUCUCACGAAAUUGGCAGAAGUGAGCUUAGCCGCAGCCGCUGGUACGCUGAUUCAUCCCAAUAACGUGAUUUAUCAGCAACCAGCUUCGCCAAGGUGUGCUCAAUUUUCGGACAAAUGCGGCAGAAUGAUGACACCACGAACAAAACAGCAAGACUCGCAAUUUCGAGAUCGUCCAGGGACCAUCGAAGAUGAGCAGACGCUUGGUGAAAGGACGAGAAUCUUUUUCGAGAGGAUCGAGUGCGAACGUGAGAUUUUGCAGAAUCGUUCGGAAAGAAGUACAGUUUUAGGCAUCCACGUUCCGCCUCAUUCUCACCACUUGCAAGAGGAACAUCGAAGUCUCGAAGCUUCUGAGAAUUCACUCGAUAAAGCUGAAUUGGAAUCAAUUCAAUCAACAUCCUCGACAAUCUCGCAAAACCGAAGAACAACCUCAACUUCAACGGAAACGUCGAAAUCGGAAGACAAUGAGGAUCACGAAUGUCCUGAUUGUGGAAAAAAGUACUCCACAUCCUCGAAUUUGGCCAGACAUCGACAAACGCAUAGAUCUCUCGGAGACAAGAAAGCCAGAAGAUGUCCACAUUGCGAUAAAGUCUACGUUAGUAUGCCUGCAUUCAGCAUGCAUGUCAGAACGCAUAACCAGGGAUGCAAGUGCCAUUAUUGCGGCAAGUGUUUCUCGAGACCAUGGCUCCUGCAGGGACACAUACGUACACAUACAGGUGAGAAACCAUUUAAAUGUACGAUCUGCAAUAAAGCGUUUGCUGACAAAUCAAAUUUACGCGCCCACAUACAAACGCACUCAAACACCAAACCAUAUGUGUGCGGUCGCUGCGGUAAAGCAUUUGCUUUGAAGUCAUAUCUCUACAAACAUGAAGAAUCAUCGUGUAUGAGGGCACAUCAUCGAUCAUCUACGGAUAAAAUCGAUGGGAAUGAUCAAAAAGUAACAUUAUCGUCAACAAAAUCCUGCCCACCACCAUCGUCUUCUUUAAGUAGAAUACAAACGACGUCAUGCGUCACGGCAUCUCCUACUAGCGUUAUCGUCCCUCGCCUAAGUCUUAAUCGCGACCAAAAGAAUUCAUCUUCGGCGUUUUCCGCGAUUAUUAGACAUACCAGAGUCCCCGACGAAUCCACAGCAUCUCCGCCACCGAAACGUUUCUUCAGAGAGAAUACUCCAGGCGAAGAACGCGAGAGGAAAACAUCUGAUAACACAACGAAAAAUCCAGAGUGUGUGUCCAGAAUGGUUAUUAGAACUUCCGUUAUAUCUCCUAAUCCAGAACAUCUCAGUCGCUUCAACAACGAUAGCCAAAACUCUUCCAACAGCUAUGAGUUUUCCGAUCCUACGAGGUCUUCCACAUUCUCCCAGCCGACAACGAUGACACUUAAUUUAGCUAUCGCAUAGAAUAAUCGCACAUCGAAGAAAAGAAGAAUAUUCGUCCAAAAACGCUAAAACAAAACUGCGGCAAGUAUUUCUAUUAAAUAAUAACGAUAGCAACAUUAUAUAUACAUAAGUAUGCCAAAGAUUAUUUUAUACUCACUAACGGUUAAUCUCUGGACUACUUGAAUAUGUAUCACAAGCAUGAGGAAACUACCAAAUCUAAAAAAACUACGAAUAAUUAAAUAAUCGCUUCGUAGAGAUACAAAGACGUAAUUACUUGCUAGUAACUAGUGUCAUUCCUUAAUAUCAUUAUCAAGAUAAGUUCGUUAAGUUUUAGUGGAAAACAUUUGAAAUUUUAUGCAAUGAGUACCCAUGUUUAUAUAGUGUGUGUGUAUGAAUGUAUAUGUAUAUAUAUAUAUA